AUGCGGAGUAAUGGGCCCGGUACAAUCGUCUCUACCUCCACCGGCCCUGUGUUGGUCCCCGGGAAGAAACUGUCUGCUGAUUCUUCCUUGAUCGCUGCCAAUCUUAUCUUGCUCCUGCAGAAACCCAUCAGCAUGCCGCGCACCACCGCCGGACCGCUUUCGCAGAAAACGGGGACCAACUCUUGCUUUACAAAGCCAGCGUUAUCUGACUGGCUCCAAAAAGAGGCACAUCCUCAGGUGCCCGCGCUGCUUUCCAUCCACACCACAAGUAUGCCUGCCCAAGAGGACCAGCAGACGACGCCUUCAAACAUCCUGCCUGUUUAG